AGGUCAAUUGAGCGACGGAUAAUUCGAAGUUAAGUGCGAUAAUCUUGUCAGUCGUGAUCGGUAUUUCGUAUAGUAUGUAUCGCACGCUGCAAAGAUUAUAUGAAUCAGUGAAAGAAUACCAAAAGUAUUACGUGCUUGCAUUUUCAAUUGAAAUAACGAGAAGCUAAUCAUUGAUCAUCUUCUUAAUAUAAUACAAAUAUGAGAAUUAAAACAGUUCCAAGACACAGAAUACUCCAUAAUAGUAUUAAGAUUGCAUCUGCAACAGAAAGUCCUUCAGAUGAAGAAAGUACGGAUGCUGAAAAAAAUUAUGAUUCAACGGAUGCAAUAGAUGGCCAGGAGUCAUAUCAGGCAUAUGUUCCAUCUUCAAAUAUUCUGAUUCCAAUUAUGACAUCCACUAGUUUAAGUAAUGAAAUGACUUUGCCUUCAUCCACCGAUAUUUCGCUCACUAACGAUGACAACAAUAACGUGGAGGUCAUGAAUCUGUCAACAAAGGAUGCUUCCAAUCGCGCUGAUGAUAUUGCAUCAAGUACCUCCGCCGAGCCAGAAGAUAAAUUGAAAGAUUCUUUCCUCUACAAGAUCAUGACCGAUCCAGACUUUUUGAAAAAUAUACAGAGGAACAAGCAGCCGAAGAAGUUUGUCUGUCUUUUCUGCAAGGAAGAAUUCGCGACAUAUGAGGAAUUGACAAAUCAUAUGGACGUGAAAAAGAACGAUAACAACCAGAUCGUCUGCUGCGCCUGUAAAAAGACUUUCGCCGAGAAGAGAUAUCUGAAGUAUCAUCAGAGAUGUCACUCUGAAAGGACUAAGUUCACCUGUGACAUUUGUACCAAGAAGUACACGAGGUUGGACAACUUGACGAGGCAUAACGUGCUGCAUGUGAAUCCCGACAAGUUUGCCUGUACGAUCUGCAACAAGACCUUCACGCGCAAGGAUCUGCUCAACAAGCAUCGGAAGAGUCACGAGAAGUGUAAUCUUUACUGCAUAAAAUGCGGCAAGUAUUUCAGAAGUAUUCUCACGCUGGAAAAUCACCAAUGGAUGCAUCGCGAAACAUCGAACACUUCGGCAAAUACAGUUGUUUGUAAGACUGAGAGUUUAAUCCCCGCUGAGAAUAUAAUUUGCAAAAUUGAGAAUUCAGUUUCCGCUGAGAAGGAAGUUCAUAAAACUCAGAAUUUAACUUCGGAUGAAAGUUUAGUUUGCAAAACUAAUGAUGUAAUUCGCAAAACUUAGAGAAUUUACCAUUUGAUAUUUGUUAGGUAAAAUAUAUACAUAGAUGUGUAUCUAUUAUCUGUUCACGCGCGCUACCUCAAUUUCUUAUUAUAUCUUCCGAUAAAAGAAAAAUUUUCACAAGACGAAUAUUAUAUUGAG